UCCUCGGGGCGGGGCCGUCGAGGGCAGGUGGCCAGUCCGUUUUCUUCCAGGUCGACCUCCUCAGAGGCACCUGCAGAAGCGGCCCCAGCCUGGUGCCUUGGCGUCCGGAAGGCUGAGGGAAGGGCGGGGGUCGGUGCCCUCGGGGCGCUGAAGUGGCGCCCCGUAGAGGCGACUGUCACGCCUGCCCCUGCGGGGACUGAGGACCAGCGCUGGCCUGCAUGGGGCCUGUUUUGCCCUUGGUUUGGGGGUGCUCCGGAAGGGGAUGUGCGGGGUGUGUGGGGGGGCGUGUGUGGACCACUGACCAGGGCGGUGUAAGGCUCGCGAGGAGGAGCCUUUACACUGGUGUGGUGUGAAUGGUUAUGGCUUAACGGAACGGAAAACCAACCCGGGGCCCUUGCAAGUAACUCGCUACAAAUGUCCAGUGGUGACGGACUUGCCUUGUAGGCCCCAGAACAAGUGAAAGGAAGUUCGGGGUCUUGUUCAAGAAGCAGCUCUAGAGUUAGUGAAUGAGGCUUUAAAAGAAUUGUGUGUUCGGGAUGUUCUCUUAAAUGGCGUUCUGAUUGGGCUUGGGGUUAGUGGUGAGGGAUAAUGUAAAGAGAUUUGAAAGACUGCCUUAGGGUUCUAAUAGGGAGAAUUUAUUUUUUGUGUGUCAUCAUUUUACCAUAGAAAUUAUUCAGAAUGUGGAUUGCCUUUACGAGAAAAGAGGAGCUCUGAAGCCAUUGCUUGAUGAGCAGUUCUCCCUGUGUGGAAAGUUGAAUUUCUGGAAACAUCCUCUGUAUUGUAGAUUUUGCCUACAUAAAGGCGGUAGUGCUUGGCCUAAUCGCAUGAAAAGUAGUGAAAUGGAGACACAGUACCUAAUGCAUAACUGUGUUUUGAGCUCAGUUCUGUGGAAGAGAAUUUUAAGGGAUUGGGUCUAGACUUCACAGGGAAGUUAAAGCUUCUGUGUAUGCCUCUACUCUGAAUUUACUUUUAUAUCUGACUUUUUUCCUCCUUUCUUCAGCUUCAUCUGUUUCAAUGGUGCAACUCUCUUCAUCUCCUUUUGGUUACCAGUCACCUUCAGGCCGUUCAGAGGAGGGAAGAGAGGGGAAUAUGAAGUCAGCCAAGCCUCAAGUGAACCACAGUCAGCAUGGGGAAAGCCAGCGGGCCAUGAGCCCCUUGCAGUCUGCUCUCAGUUCUGCUGCCUCUCCUUCCCAAGCAUAUGAGACAUAUAUUGAUAAUGGACUCAUAUGCCUUAAACACAAAAUUAGAAACAUCGAGAAAAAGAAGCUCAAACUGGAAGACUAUAAGGAUCGCCUGAAAAAUGGGGAGCAACUUAAUCCAGACCAGUUGGAAGCGGUAGAAAAAUAUGAAGAAGUAUUACAUAACUUAGAAUUUGCCAAGGAACUUCAGAAAACCUUUUCUGGACUGAGCCAAGAUCUACUUAAAGCUCAGAAGAAGGCCCAGAGAAGGGAGCACAUGCUAAAGCUUGAGGCUGAGAAGAAAAAACUUCGUACUAUACUUCAAGUUCAGUAUGUAUUACAGAACCUGACACAGGAACAUGUACAGAAGGAUUUCAAAGGGGGCUUGAAUGGUGCAGUGUAUUUGCCUUUAAAAGAACUUGACUACCUCAUUAAAUUUUCAAAACUGACCUGCCCUGAAAGAAAUGAAAGUCUGAGUGUUGAAGACCAGAUGGAGCAGUCAUCCUUGUACUUUUGGGACCUUUUGGAAGGUAGUGAGAAAGCAGUGGUAGGAACGACAUACAAACACAUGAAAGAUCUGCUGUCUAAAUUGCUGAACUCAGGCUAUUUUGAGAGUAUCCCAGUCCCAAAAAAUGCUAAGGAAAAAGAAGUAUCAUUGGAGGAAGAAAUGCUAAUAAAAUCAGAGAAGAAAAAACAGUUAUUGAAAACUGAAUCUGUCAAAGAGUCAGAGUCUCUUAUGGAACUUGCACAGCCAGAGAUACAACCCCAGGAGUUUCUUAACAGACGCUACAUGACAGAAGUAGAUUAUUCAAGCAAACAAGAUGAAGAGCAAUCCUGGGAAGCAGAUUAUGCUAGAAAACCAAAUCUCCCCAAAUGUUGGGAUAUGCUUACUGAACCAGAUGGUCAGGAAAAGAAACAGGAAUCCUUCAAAUCCUGGGAGCCUUCUGUUAAGCACCAGGAGGUAUCAAAGCCUGCAGUUUCCUUAGAACAGAGGAAACAAGAUCCAAAACUCAGGUCCACUCUGCAGGAAGAGCAGAAGAAGCAGGAUGUCUCCAAACCUAAGCCAGCUCCUAGCCAGUGGAAGCAAGAAGCUCCUAAAUCCAAAACAGGAUAUAUUCAAGAAGAACAGAAGAAGCAGGAGACAUCAAAGCCUUGGCCGGUUCAGCUGCAGAAAGAACAGGAUCCAAAGAAGCAAUCUCCAAAGUCGUGGACACCUUCUGUGCAGAAUGACCAGGACAUCACCAAGUCAUGGACCACUACCGUGUGUGAAGACCAGGAUUCAAGGCAGCCAGAGACUUCAAAAUCCUGGGAAAACAAUGUUGAGAGUCAAAAACACCCCUUAACACCGCAAUCACAGAUUUCUCCAAAGUCCUGGGGGGUAGCUCCAGCAAGCCUCAUACCAAAUGACCAGCUCCUGCCCAGGAAGUUUAAUACAGAACCCAAAGAUGUGCCUAAGCCUAUGCAUCAGCCUGUAGGUUCUUCCUCGACCCUUCCAAAGGAUCCAGUAUUGAGGAAAGAAAAACUGCAGGAUUUGAUGACCCAGAUUCAAGGAACUUGUAACUUUAUGCAAGAAUCUAUUCUGGAUUUUGACAAACCUUCAAGUGCAAUUCCAUCGUCACAGCCGCCUUCAACUACUCCAGGUAGCCCCGUAGCAUCUACAGAACAAAAUCUAUCCAGUCAAAGUGAUUUUCUUCAAGAGCCGUUACAGGCUGCUGCUUCUUCAGUUACUUGUAGCUCAAAUGCUUGCUUGGUUGCUACCGAUCAGGCUUCUUCGGGAUCUGAAACAGAAUUUAUGACCUCAGAGACUCCUGAGGCAGCAGUGCCCCCAAGCAAGCAACCGUCUUCACUAGCUUCUCCAAAUCCUCCCAUGUCAAAGGGCUCUGAACAGGGCUUCCAGUCACCUCCAGCAAGUAGUAGUUCAGUAACCAUUAACACAGCGCCCUUUCAAGCCAUGCAGACAGUAUUUAAUGUUAAUGCACCUCUGCCUCCACGGAAAGAACAAGAAAUAAAAGAAUCCCCUUAUUCAUCUGGCUACAAUCAAAGUUUUACUACAGCAAGUACACAAACACCACCCCAGUGCCAACUGCCAGCUAUACAUGUAGAACAAACUGUCCUUUCUCAAGAGACUGCAAGUUAUCCUGAUGGAACUAUUCAAGUAAGCAAUGGUAGCCUUGCCUUUUACCCAGCACAGACGAAUGUAUUUCCCAGACCCUCUCAACCAUUUGUCAAUAGCCGGGGAUCUGUUAGAGGAUGUACUCGUGGUGGGAGAUUACUAACCAAUUCAUAUCGGUCCCCUGGUGGUUAUAAAGGUUUUGAUACUUAUAGAGGACCACCUUCAAUUACCAAUGGAAAUUAUAGCCAGCUACAGUUCCAAGCUAGAGAAUAUCCUGGAACACCUUAUUCCCAAAGGGAUAAUUUCCAGCAGUGUUACAAGCGAGGAGGGACAUCUGGCGGUCCUCGGACAAAUUCAAGAGCAGGGUGGAGUGAUUCUUCUCAGGUGAGCAGCCCAGAAAGAGACAACGAAACCUUUAACAGUGGUGACUCUGGACAAGGAGACUCCCGUAGCAUGACCCCUGUGGAUGUGCCCGUGACAAAUCCAGCAGCCACCAUACUGCCAGUACACGUCUAUCCCCUGCCUCAGCAGAUGCGAGUUGCCUUCUCAGCAGCCAGAACCUCUAAUCUUGCUCCUGGAACUCUAGACCAACCUAUUGUGUUUGAUCUUCUUCUGAACAACUUGGGAGAAACUUUUGAUCUUCAGCUUGGUAGAUUUAAUUGCCCGGUGAAUGGCACUUACGUUUUCAUUUUUCACAUGCUAAAGCUGGCAGUGAAUGUGCCACUGUAUGUCAACCUCAUGAAGAAUGAAGAGGUCUUGGUAUCUGCCUAUGCCAAUGAUGGUGCUCCAGACCAUGAAACUGCUAGCAAUCAUGCAAUUCUGCAGCUCUUCCAGGGAGACCAGAUAUGGUUACGUUUGCACAGGGGAGCAAUUUAUGGAAGUAGUUGGAAAUACUCUACAUUUUCAGGCUACCUUCUUUAUCAAGAUUGAAAGUCAGUGCAGAAUUGAUAGUAAAAGGAUGGUGUUCUAAUUAGUGGGGUUAAAGGAGAAGUAUUCUUUGCCCUUGUGACUGAUUGGUUUAGGAAGAUGGUUUCAUUUCUAGAGGAAGGAGGAAGUCCUUACUUUUUUUUGUUUUCCUUCCCAAGGUAAAAAAUUUCAAGCCGAAUGACAAUUAGCACUAAUCUGGCACUUUAUAAAUUGUGAUGUAGCCUCGCUAGUCAAGCUGUGAAUGUAUAUUGUUUGCACUUAAUCCUUAACUGUAUUAACGUUCAGCUUACUAAACUGACUGCCUCAAGUUCAGGCAAGUUAUAAUGCCUUGUUGUGCCUCAAUAAAAAAGUUACAUGCA